UACAGGCUGCUUUUCAUCGCGCUGGCGCUCGCGCUCUGCGCCGUGCUCGCCUCCGGUGAGCUGGCCAAGCUCAAGGUCCACAAGAACAACCACCGCGCCCAGCAGGAGCGCGUGCUCAACCGCCUCGAGGAGGUCCUCAAGACCAACCCCAAGGCCCUGGCCUACCACUACACCCAGCGCAAGGCCGAGCUCAAGAAGGUCGAGGCCAUGAAGAAGGAGGUCUUCGGCGGCGGCAAGGGCGUCGAGCCCAUCUCCAACUUCCUGGACGCCCAGUACUACGGCGAGAUCUCCAUCGGAAACCCGCCCCAGUACUUCAACGUCGUGCUCGACACCGGCUCGUCCAACCUGUGGGUCCCCUCGAUCCAGUGCCCCUGGUACGAGAUCGCCUGCGAUCUGCACCACAAGUACGAUCACAGCAAGUCGUCGACCUACAAGGCCAACGGCACCAACUUCCAGAUCCAGUACGGUUCGGGCGCCAUGUCCGGCUUCCUGUCGGCGGACAACGUCGUGAUCGCCGGCCUCACCGCCAAGGGCCAGCUCUUCGCCGAGGCCGUCGCCGAGCCCGGUCUUGCCUUCGUCGCUGCUCAGUUCGACGGUAUCCUUGGUCUCGGCUUCGACACCAUCUCCGUUGACGGCGUGCCGCCUGUGUGGUACACGCUCUUGGCCCAGAGCCAGGUGGCCGAGCCCGUGUUCGCCUUCUGGCUCAACCGCGACCCGUCGGGCAUCUCCGGCGGCGAGCUCGUGCUGGGUGGCGUCGACGAGAGCCACUACACCGGCGACUUCACCUACACCCCGAUCACCAAGGAGGGCUACUGGCAGUUCCUGGCCCACGACUUCCUCAUCAACGGCAAGUCCAUGGGCUUCUGCCCGGCUGGCGGCUGCAAGGCCAUCGCCGACACCGGCACUUCGCUCCUUGCUGGUCCGUCGAAGAUCGUGGCCCAGAUCAACAAGAUGAUCAACGCCACCGGCAUCCUCGAGUCCGAGUGCGACAUGCUGGUGAACCAGUACGCCGGCCAGAUCAUCCAGUACAUCCUCCAGGGCCUCCAGCCCGACCAGGUCUGCUCUGCCGUCAACCUGUGCCCCGGUGGCUCGUGCCAGCUCUGCAAGGUGCUGGUCUCCACCAUCGACGCCAUCCUCGGCACCGAUCCCUCGCAGCAGGAGAUCGUCGCCCUCCUUAAGUACAUCUGCACCGGCGAGGCCACCGUGGACUGCAAGACCCUGCCCUCGCUCCCCACCUUCGACGUGGUCAUCCCCACCGCCAACGGUCCCAAGACCUUCACCCUCAAGCCCGAGGACUACAUCCUCAAGCAAAGCAUGGGUCCCGAGGAAACGUGCAUCAGCGGCUUCAUCGGCCUCGACAUCCCGGCCCCCUAUGGUCCCCUCUGGAUCAUGGGCGACGUGUUCCUGGGUCCCUACUACACCAAGUUCGACUUUGGCAACAAGCAGCUCGGCUUUGCUGUCGCCAAGUAA